UUGUAAUGGGAAAGAAGCAUCAGGUCUCGCUUGGGGUUGUUUCUAUCUAGGGCACCUGUUUCGGGGGAUCUGCUACUUCGGAAGAAGGGAGGAGGAGAAGGCACAUGGAGGGCGGCAACGGCGAGGAGCUUGCGGUUGGCUGCGUCCUCUCCCUGAGAACAACCCUCGGCGACGAGAUCGAAGGCCAAAUCAUCGCCUACGACCGCCCCUCCAACAUCCUCGUCAUCCAUAUCCUUCUCGCUCUCGUCAAUCCGAUGUCUUUCUUGUUUCUAUCUGAUGUUUCCCUGUUUUCGACUCGUUUCUUUGACCGAUCGUCGACACAAGAAGGCAGUUCGAAGGCGGGGCCUCGGAGGAACAUUCGGCUUCUGAAGGCCAACUACAUCCAGGACUUCACGUACCUGAGGAAGGCGGAGGACCCGAUUGACCCCAACAAGUGCUACAUCGAUCUCGCCGGCCUUCAGGCUAGGGAAGAGGCCUCUUUGAGACAAGCAGAGAUUGAAGCUGAGAGGAUUGGCGUUGGGGUCACCAGCGAGGCUCAAAGCAUUUUUGAUGCAUUGUCUAAGACGCUUCCUGUCCACUGGGACAAGACUGUCAUUGUGGUCAUGAAUGAAGUCCGUGUCAGCAGCCCAUACCACCCAGAAAAUGUUAUCGGAGGAACCCCAGCUGCCAAUGAUCGGGUGAAGAAAGUGCUUGAUUUUGAAAGGAAGAGGCUGCAAGCUCGUGGACCUGGCUAGUAUGGUUCGUCUUUUGUUUUCGAGGACGGGUGUAGGAUUGACUUCUGAAAGCCUUGGGUUAGAAUAUCAUAACAACCUUGUUUCUUGGUUCUAUAUCAAGUUCAUCUUGUCUUUGUGAAAUUAUUGGCAUUUACAGCUUAUUUUAUCAUUAAAAAAAUGAGUUGUAAUAGCUGGAUUUUUGAACUUCAUCUAGAGAGGGUGUGUCUCCUAGAAUGCUUAUGCUUGGUACUGAGCAAUUAUACCUUUGUCUGGAUCA